AUGGCUUUGUUGUGGAUGGGCGAUGAACACCAUGGAACACAACAAAACAUUCAAGCUAAAAUAACAAGUUUUUCUCAUAUCUCAAAAAUAAAUAGUCUCGAAAUCGACUCCAGCCUAGUUGUAGCUCUGUUAGAGAAUUGGAGACCAGAAACACACAUGUUUCACUUCUCAACAGGUGAAUGCACGAUAACGUUAGAAGAUGUGAAUAUGUUACUUGGUCUCCGAGUUGAUGAAAAAGCUAUCAACGGUCCUACCGAAGUUACAAAUGAUGUUUACAUGGAGAGCUUAGGGGUGGAACCUACAGAAGCGAAUAAGAACAGAGGUUCUGUUAGGAUUAUGUGGCUAGAAAAUUUAUAUGAAGUUUUAAAAAAUAACUCUGCCCCCACAGAAGAGCAUAUUGUUUUACAAGCUAAAGUUUAUAUUUUACUUGUAAUUGUUACUAUUUUGUUUCCCGACAAGAGUCAAAAUCUUUUGCAUUCUUCCUGGAUUCCUUUCAUAGGGGAUCUAGAAAAAUGCGGCACCUUUAGUUGGGGUUCUGCAUGUCUUACAAAACUGUACAGGGAAAUGUGCAAGGCAACAGUCAAAGAUGUUAGGAGCAUGAGUGGUUGUGUUCUUCUACUCACUUCUUGGGCCUUCACGUGUAUACCAUUGUUUGCUCCUGUUAGUACAUUGCAAUUGUCAUAUCCAUACGCUCAAAGAUGGGCCCAAAGACGGAUGAAUUACAAUGCUAAUCCUCGUUUUGAUCUACAAGGAUAUCGAAACACAUUGGACCACAUGCAAGAAAAAGAUUUUAUAUGGAGGCCGUACAUUCAAUACCCGGUGCCCAAUCUUAGAGAUAACCAGAUCAGGAGUGCUACAACUUCUCUUAUUUGUUUCUAUAUUAUUGAAAUGUAUCAGACAAAUAGGGUAAAACUCCAGUUCGGAUUUGAACAACAAAUCCCUUCCUCGCCAAGGUGUCUAAGGGAACACCACGCAAUGUCAAUGAGAAAAGCCCAAAAAGUUCAUUGA